UGUUGCAGUGAAAGAGAGAAAGAAGAGAGAGAGAGAGAGAGAGAGAGAGAGAGAGAGAGAGAGAGAGAGAGAGAGAGAGAGAGAGAGAGAGAAAGGGAUGAAGAAUGAACUGGGAAAUCUGGUGGAGUCGAUAAAGUCGAAGGUGAGGUUUCUGAAUCUGAAGAAGGGGAAAAAACCUUACAUAAAGAUGGAUAAGAGUGCGAGUGUGAAAGUUGAGAUUCGGAGCAGAAAAGCUCGCAAGCUCAUAGAGAAGACAUUGAAAGCUGCUGACACUCAUGCUCGUUAAUCUUCUUUCUCCUUCUGCUUCCAUUCCAAUUAACCUCUGUAAUUACCAUCUAAACUCUGUCGUUUCGUUAUCAUUCAUUGUAACACAUACCUUAGGUUACAGAUUUUCCUUUCUUUCUUUCUUUUCAUGGUUGGUUGGUUGGUCCCAACACCGGCCACCACCACCGACUUCUUUUUAGUAAUAUUUUUUAUGAUUCCUGCAAAUAAAUAAUUUUAUAGUUUUUAUAGUCUAUAUUGAUGGCUGUGUAGACUUUGGACAAUCAAGGGGAGACUUUGAUGAGUUUGUGAACGUUAUCUUCAUUUCUUCUAUUUCAUUCACUCUCAUUAAAUGCCA